AGCGCUGUGGGAGGACCGCGCCCGCCCCGCCGCAGCGGCAGCCCGGCCGCGCCUGCAAUCAUUAACCGGCGGGAGGAGGCGGGCCCCGCGCGCGGGCUCGCACCUGCCUGCCCCCGGCCCGCCGCGGCAAGCGAGGCGGAGCCGCAGCGCCGUCCCGCCGCCUGCGGGCACCGCGCUUCCUCGGGGCCGGGCGGCGCCGGGGGGGAAGGUCUCCCCGCGCCUCCCCGCUGGCGGCGGGAGCCGGUGCGCCGCCGGCCAUGGCCGGCUGCUGCCUCUCGGCCGAGGAGAAGGAGUCGCAGCGCAUCAGCGCCGAGAUCGAGCGGCAGCUGCGCCGCGACAAGCGGGACGCCCGCCGGGAGCUGAAGCUGCUGCUGCUGGGCACCGGAGAAAGUGGAAAGAGUACUUUCAUCAAACAAAUGAGGAUUAUUCAUGGAUCAGGUUACACAGAAGAAGACAGGAAAGGCUUCACAAAACUGGUUUACCAGAAUAUAUUUACUGCCAUGCAAGCUAUGAUCAGGGCCAUGGACACUCUCAAGAUACAGUACACAUCGGAAGAGAACGAGGAUAAUGCUCAGAUGAUCAGAGAAGUAGAAGUGGAUAAAGUGACAGUGCUGGAAAGAAAACAAGUUGAAGCAAUCAAGAGGCUCUGGGAAGACCCAGGAAUUCAAGAGUGCUAUGACAGACGGAGGGAAUACCAGCUCUCGGACUCCGCUAAGUAUUAUCUUACUGACAUUGAUCGUAUUGCUAUGCCCUCAUUUGUGCCGACUCAGCAAGAUGUUCUUAGAGUCAGAGUGCCAACUACAGGAAUUAUCGAGUAUCCUUUUGAUUUAGAAAAUAUUAUAUUUAGGAUGGUGGAUGUAGGUGGCCAAAGGUCUGAAAGAAGGAAGUGGAUUCAUUGUUUUGAAAGUGUUACUUCCAUCAUUUUCUUAGUUGCAUUAAGUGAAUAUGAUCAAGUCUUGGCAGAAUGUGACAAUGAGAAUCGAAUGGAAGAAAGCAAGGCCUUAUUUAAAACUAUCAUCACAUACCCCUGGUUUCUGAAUUCUUCAGUCAUUUUGUUUUUAAACAAAAAAGAUCUUCUAGAAGAGAAAAUCAUGUAUUCCCAUCUAAUUAGUUACUUUCCAGAAUACACAGGACCUAAACAAGAUGUCAGAGCUGCCAGAGACUUCAUUUUGAAGCUGUAUCAGGAUCAGAAUCCAGACAAGGAGAAAGUAAUCUACUCCCACUUCACUUGUGCCACAGACACAGAGAAUAUUCGCUUUGUCUUUGCUGCUGUCAAGGACACGAUCCUGCAAAUAAACCUGAGGGAGUUCAACCUGGUUUAAAAGGAAAACAUUGUUUGCAUCCACAAAGUGUGAUUUACUCAUAGUAUAUCGUGCAUUGAUACAAAAAAGAUUGGAGUCUUUUUAAAUACUAUUUACGGAAAUGUAAGUGGGGGGUUAUAUUUACUGAAGAAGUAUGGAUUAAUGAAUGAGUUUCAAAGUUUACUUUUUUAAGCUAUAAAUUUAAAACACUAUUUUCAUAUUUCCCAUACUAGUUUUGGCUGUGAGUCAUUUUUUGACAGCUGUGGGAAUUAAGUAUAUUUAAAAGAAUGUACAUAACUACACUGCUGUCCAGCCUAAGGGUUGUUUUUUUUUCACUUAUCAUUUACAAUCAUAGCUUAUAAAAUUUUAGCAAAUGAUGCCUUACAAAUAACAAGUUAGUGUUAUUUUAGGGUGCUAGAUACUUUUAAAUGUUCUGAGCAAUGUAGUUGAAGUACUUGAGUAAACAUGUUACACUUUUUAGCAGCAUCUCUCCAUCGACCUGAUAGGCCAAAACCGUUAAUGUUUUUGGAAACAUCACAGAAAAUUAAUUAUUGGUGACUCUUGCCUUUUUUUUUUCCUUUGGCUUUUUGUUCAAGUGCCUAACACCAAUAAAAUAUCUUCCCCAGUUAACAGAAUGACAGAUUACGAUCUUCGCAGGUAGCCUAUGUAAUUCAUUCUUUUCUUAAGGGGAAAAGUUUGUCUAAAACAUCAAGGUGUUUUCUAAACUUUCUCGGCGUUCACUGCCAUGGGAAGAACUAGCAGGUCAUCUGCAAAGCUGCCAGUGAUGAUAAACUGGGCCUUGAAUUCCUCAGUGUCAGUACAGGAGCUCCCCUUCUGCGCUUUUCAGUUUUCAGUCAUUGAGCUUCACAGGUAGUUUGGCACGGAUUAAAUAGCAGUAAAACCUCUCCUCUACAAGAUUUCCAGCAUUAUCUGAUCUCUUCUGCACCCUGCCAAGAUACAAACCUCCAUUAAAGAUGCCAGUACUUCAGUCAAUUGUUGCUUGCUGUGUCAAAAAUUUUCAGACCAGCAGCCUUGAAAAUGUGUUUUACACAUGCAGGACUCAUGGCAGUCACUGGCAGUUGUUCAGCUAACCCAGCAACACUAGUCUUGGUGGUUGUUUUAGUAGAACAGCCUUUUUUUCCACAUUCAUUCAGCCCAAAAGAUGUGGUAAGAUUCUCCUGCAUAUAAAUACAUUAAAAUACAUUUUUUCCAAGCAGAAUUAUAAUACUAAUGGUUUUUAACUAAACUAAAUGGCAAUAAUCAACACUGAGGCAACAAGGCAGUAGUGUAGUAUGCCCUGGAACAAGGUACAGGUACAGUGACACUUGCUGAACUAGGAAAGACCGAAGAGGAGUAACAGGCAGCUAUAAACACUGACAAUAAAUACUGACAUUUGAAUCAACCUCCUCACAUCCUCAGCUGUGCUGUCCUAAUCUAAACACUGUUGUUCCAAGAAAAAAAAAAAAAAAAUCUUGCCAUGAAAUCUUUACAUUACUUCAGAACUUCCAGUUAUGUAAAAAACAAGACAAAAAAACCCUUUUUUCUAGGACAGCACAUUUAAUGGAGGAAAACUGCAUGACAUGCCCAAACCCUUGAACUGCCUGGAGUCCAGUUUGGAGCCCCCUAGGGAUUUCUUGGGAAAAACAUCUAAACUCAACUAUUUCAUAUCCAAGUCGCCGUUUGUUGUCCACCUGAAGAGCCCACUGCUAACAUGAAUUCUGAGUCUGGCUUUGCAAAAGGUAAGACUGCCACCAUUUUACAGGCCCCGUCAAUAUGGCAGGCCUGAUUUCUUUCACACCUCAUAAGGAACAGUCAAAAUCAAUGGUUAGGGCACCUACCAAAAACAUACUUCUGUACAUUGGUUUCAAUUUGCUUGAUCCAACACGAAAGCAAAACCCACAAAGGUAAAAAUCUGGGCAAGACCCAGCAAAAACAGAACUCAGUUUUUCUCCUUUCUUGGAGCCCAGUGCCCUAUCACAGCGGGUCUGGCCCUGCAGUCAGGCAUCUGGCUCGGCCUCUGAGGUACUUUUUUCGAAGCUAGUCAGUUAAUAAAUUAGUGGCAUGGAAGGAGACGUAAAAAACCAAUUUACUCCUCCCUUCAAGAGUAUUAAUAUUUAAAAUUCUUGUUCCAGCUUUGCCACAGAAACAACCUUCAAAACCUCGUCAUAAAAAUCCUGCAUCUGCUAUAAGCAGGAUUUUUAGCUAUUUAGAUUCCUCUUAAAGCCACAAAAGCAAAAAUUGUGAUAAAGCUCAUGGUUGCAUUUCUAGGCCAAAUAGCAAAGUUCAAGCUCUCAGGUGAGGUAUAUGUGUACUUGCUUAUUCUGACCAACAAUUUCCAAAUUAAGCCACCAGUAAGAAUAUUAAUAGUCAAAUCUUGAGUGUGUAAUAGCAUUUUAAGCAGGAAAAAGGUGUCAGUUAUCGACUAAUACAUUCAAUUUUGGACAGAAAAGAAUACGGCAUUCAAGAAUGGCAUAUCCAAAACAUGAAAAUUAGUUUUUCAAGCAAAGAUGAUUAAUGCAAAUGUUUUCUGUAUGAAAGCAUAAACAUUCUUCUUAAAUCUUAAUCUGCUUAAGGAGACACAUUGUUAUACACAUGAAAGAUUAAAUAUUGAUAAAAUCAGAAACAGAUUUUACACUACCUCUAAGACAUUCUUCUCCAAGACACAAUUCCUAUUAGCAGUAUUUUUCACCUACAGUUCCCCACAUUUCAUAACUCUUUCUGAACUGCAUGGUCUUGAUUCCUUGGGGACAGGGGAUAAGCCGAGGCGAGCCAAGAAGGUGCUUUCCCCAGUAUGGAAUGAGCUUUCCAUUAUCUGCACACUGCAGUGGGAAAGACAGCUCCUUCUCACAGUAGGUUCAUAAUAACACAUUUAAGGUAAACACCAAACCCCCAACCCCUCCGUAACAGAAGUUGCAGUUACCAGGAGACAGCAUAAUCUUACAGCCCGCAAGUACCCAAUUUACUGAACAGCAAGAAAUGUGUGUUACUUCUCUGUAUGCAUCUCUCAAUGUUAUAAAGCAGACGCUGACAUAAUAAUCAGAAGAUUCUUGAUUUAGGCAAUACAGUCUUUUCCCAGCUUCAACCCAACCAAUUCCACCUCCCAUUAAAGUUUUGUGCAGGGACUUCCUAUUUUGACUGAUUCUCAUAGUUUUCUGGAAACAGAAAAACCUCUAACAAUAUGCAGAUAAAUUGAACAUAGGAAAAAGAAAAAAAAGAAGGAAACCUUACUCUCGAAUGGACUGCUAGGGACUUCGGCUACAUAUAGCCUUGGCUCCUGGAAGAGAAACAUUUUAUUGGUAUCCGAUGCUUCUUUAGGUCUUGCUGUAUCUACACUAAGGGUGCAUCAGUUCACAUGGAGAAGAGGUUGCCCGGCACAGCAUCACCUGGAAAAAAUUCCUGCUACAGAACUGUGCAAUGCGCUGAAGAAACACUGCAGCUUCUUGCCUUGUACAACACUUAGGUGAUUCCAAGUAGUUCACUUUUUAAAUAGUUUUUUCUGGAAUUCAAAUGUGGAAGGAUCAUGAAAGAAUAAUAAUAAUAAAAAAGCUUCUGAAUUGUUUUGUGGAA